UGAUUCUGGUUUGUUUAGAUUUGUCCAGUGCACCUUCUAGCUGGUGAAAUGAAUAUUAUUAAUUUAGCUGAAACUCCAACUAAAGCAGACAUAUUCCACACUUAUGACGCAGAUAGUAAACUCGGAGCUCUUAUUAUUGAUAACGGUUCCUUUAAGUGUAGGGCUGGUUGGAGUACCAGCUCGCAUCCGUUACUAGAAUUUCGUAACUUCAUUUUAAAACCAAGAAGGGAUAGAAGGAAAGAAGUAGCAGAACCUAUUGCAAACAAACACACACAAAUUGGUAAUGCCAUAACUAAUAUUGAGUCUGUGCGGUUAAAUCUUAAAACUCAGUUCGACCGGAAUGUUGUUACACACUUCCACAAUCAGGAGCAGAUAUUUGACUAUAUAUUUGCGCAUUUGGGUGUUAACAACGAGGAAAACUUCUCACAUCCAGUUCUAUUGACUGAAGCUCUUGGUAAUCCAAAUUACUUCCGCCAACAAAUGAAUGAGUUGCUUUUCGAGUGCUAUGCUAUUCCUUCUGUUUGUUAUGGGAUUGAUUCACUCUUCAGUUGGAAGAGGAAUGACAUAGGGGCUGAUACGCUAAUUGUAUCGUUUGGAUACAACACCAUACAUGUAAUACCAGUCUUAAAUGGAAUUAUGAGGAUAGAGAAUGUCCGUCGUAUAAAUUUAGGCGGAUAUCAUAUUAUUCAUUACCUUCAUCGACUUAUGCAAAUGAAAUAUCCUAUGCAUAUAAAUUCAAUAACGAUAAGUAGAAUUGAAACGUUAUUGCAUUGUCACAGUAGUAUAGCUUUGGAUUAUCUGCAAGAGUUGAGACAAUGGUCUGAUAUGGACUACUACACGGAUAAUGUAAAGAAGAUUCAAUUGGCAUUCGUGCUGCCCAGUGCUCAAAAUACUCCUCAGAAUCUGGAUCAAAAAAUUGAAAAACGCAAGGAAUUAACGCGUCGUCUCAAUGAAAUAAAUGCCCGCCGAGCUAAAAACAAACAAUUGGACAUGGAGAAUCAAUUACGAUUUAUGUCUAAUGUUAGAGAUCUCUACGAGCUUGGAGAAAUGGAGGAAUUCGAAACUGCACUAAAACAAAAUAAUAUAGAAAAUUUAGCUAUGCUGGAUAAGACAAUAGCUUCUCUACGCGGACGACUCCUUCAAAUGGAAUCAGCUACACAAGACACUUCAGUAACUGGCAACCGAGCGCAAAAAGAAAAACCAUCCAAUUCGAAAAAACCACCUUCAGAUGUACCUGUUGAAAAAUGGUUAGCUGAAAUAAAUUAUAAACGAGAUGACAUCCUAAGACGGAAAGAACUUCGUAAGGCGCGCCGACAAGAAGCUGCAAAACGUCAUACCGCAGCAGCACAAGAAAGGAUGCGAAUUAUUUCGUUACUCGCGCACAAUGAUAAAGGCAUCGAUAACUUUGGUGUUAACGACAACGACUGGGACGUUUAUAAAUCUAUAAACAAGGAUAAUGAAAGCGACAGUGAUAGUGAUAAUGACAAACUUUUAGAAUGUGAAAACAUUCUUCGACAAUAUGAUCCGUCCUUCAAACAAAGUACGAUACAAAGUUGCGAUGUUGCCGAAAACUAUCAACUACAUUUUAGUGUUGAGUCUAUUCGAGCACCUGAAGUGAUUUUCCAACCAAGCCUAAUAGGAUGUUCUGAAAUGGGACUAGCUGAAUUGAUUGAUUUUGUACUCAAGCUAUUUCCGGCUGAUGAGCAGCAGCGAUUGGUUAAUAAUAUAUUACUAACAGGUGGAUGUUCGCAGUUCACAGGCUUAAAAGAACGGCUCUCGAAAGAGCUUCGAGAAAUGCGUCCCUUCCAAACCCCAUUUCAAAUAUUUUCUGCACAGUCGCCUGAACUGGAUUCUUGGUUUGGUGCAAAAGAUUUUGCAAAUUCUAAUGAUUUUACUGAAUCGUUGAGCUCUAAAAAGGAUUACGAAGAGAAAGGUUAUGAUUACUUCAAGGAGCAUUUAUACAGUAAUCGAUAUUAUGCCAAUAUGUAAAAGAGUUAAUUUUCUUUCGAAUAAAUCAAAAUUUAUAUGUUAA